GGGGCUACAAGAGCGCAGCUAGCGGAACAGCGGACCGAGGCGCAGCUUCUACAAUAUAUAUAUAUAUAUAUAUAUAUAUAUAUAUUUACUGAUUUCUAAUAAAAAUUCAUAUUUCCGGCAGCGGUUUGGAUCUCUGCCGAGGCUGACGCUUCUGUGGCCGGAGUGGGCGCUCAGUCCGGCGCCCUGCGGGUUAGUUAGCCAGUUAGCACGGGACCACAGAGCGGGCUAGACCUCGUUACCUCUCCCGGACUGUGGGCUCUGCUGCGGGGAUGGAGCUGAGCUAGUCGCCGGGCCGGGACCGUCUGGCCUGGUACUGACCCAAUUUUUCUGGACAGCAGCCCGUCUCCUUUUGGAGACAGACCCAGGGAUGUGGGAUGAGAUGAAGCGCCGCGGACCGAACCUGAAACCCAGACCCGACCAGUCGUGUUAGCCAGUUUUUAUAGAGUUAUUGGUGAUCAUCCCAACAAUCAUCUGAGCUCCAGAUGUGAACCACUGACCAGUUGGACCAGUCUGGAGUAAAGAGACCAGUGAUCCCAGAACCAGCAGCUGAACGGAUCUAGUGACUCUGGUUCUGGGUGAAGCUUCAGACUGAUGAGGCCCCCCCCCCAGGGAUGGAGGUAUGCGGCAGGAACCCCAACCGCACGGCGCCGACCCCUGACCCCCGGCGCUCCGAGGUGCCGCUCUGCUCGCGGACCAACGGCUGGACCUGGCCGCCUCACCCCUUCCAGCUGCUGGCCUGGCUGCUCUACAUCUACUUCGCCGUCACCGGCUUCGGCGUGUUCGUCCCGCUGCUGCCGCCGCACUGGGUCCCUGCGGGCUACAUCUGCACCGGCAUCCUGUUCGUGUCCCACCUGUGCGUCCACGUCCUGGCUGUGUCCAUCGACCCGGCUGACCUCAACGUGAGGAUGAGGAGCGACAGAGGGCCGGUACCCGCCUUCGACCGCUCCAAACACGCACACGUCAUCGAGAACUGCCACUGCUACCUGUGCCAGGUGGAUGUGGGACCCAAGUCGAAACACUGCAGCGCCUGUAACAAGUGCGUUGCUAACUUCGACCACCACUGCCGCUGGCUCAACAACUGUGUGGGCAGCAGGAACUACAAGUUGUUCCUCCACAGCGUUGUCUCCGCUCUGCUGGGCGUGUCUCUGGUUCUGGUCUUUGCCUCCUACGUCUUCGUCGAGUUCUUCAGGGACCCGUCCAACCUGCGCACCGACAAAUACUUCCUGGUCCAGAAUCAGACAGGUGUGUGGUUCGUCUUCCUCCCGGUGGCUCCUCUCAGGUCAGCGGCUGCCGUCAUCCCGGUUCUGGCUGCCAUUACCAUGGCAAUGGGCCUGCUGUCGUCGGGGCUUCUCUGCCACCUGCUCUGCUUCCACAUCUACCUGAUGUGGAACAGACUCAGCACCUAUGAGUACAUCGUGCGACAGCGCCACCGCCUGGACAGCAGAGACCCCAGGACGGCCGCCGCAGCUAAGCAGAGCAGACGCCCGUCCGUCGUCCAGGAUGUGAACUACUCAGGGACGCUGGGCUACACCAACCCCCAGCUGGACAUCCAGCAAGAACAGGCGGAAACCUGUGCUGGUUCCGAUCCGGUCCCCAGUUUCCUGGCCAAUGGCAGAGGGAGGAGCGCGUCCAAUCCGGUCCAUGACGAGGAGGCUCCGCCCAUCGCCUCCACGGAGCUGAAGGCACACACACACCGACACACACAGAAGAAGAAGAAGAAGAAGGGGCGUCAGGUUCCAGCGGAGGUGACCAGAGAGCACUGCUCACCUGUAGCUCCGCCCCCAGCAGAGUCCUCCCAGGGUCAGCGGCUUCCUUUCCCAGCAUUCCCUCUGAGGGCCCCCCCAGGACACGCCCCGGCCCCGGGCCCCAUCCAGGCUGCCGCCCCCCCGGCCGAGUACCAUUCGGACUCUGCCGAGUCCCUGGAGGAAAUCCCCGUGGCGCUGGCCAAGCUGGGCUCCUCAUCCUCCGGAGAUGCCACCGGGACGUCUCGCCGGGCGGACCGCCGUCUGGCCCGAGGGGCCCACGGCCCCCUGACGGACCGGCCCGCUCCGGCGCUCCACAAGACCAGGAAAAAGAACCCGUCCUCUCGAGGGAACAGAACCACGGCCCAGCUGAGGUUUGAGAUGGCGUCAACGCAGCCACCGUCCGUGUUCGUCAGCCGCACCAGCAGAGAGACGGCCGAAGUCCUCGGCUGGACGCAGAUCGGAUCCAGACCGGUUCUGGAGUCCUGACUGGGUUCAUUGGUUGUGGUCCAGCCUCCUGGACCGAGUUCUGACCUGAAACAGCAGCCGCUGUUGGAAAGGGACUUUUAUUGUGAAAGGUUGUGUGUAUUUAUUGGUGGACAUGACUUUUAAUUUGAAAGCUAAGGUGAUUUUCUGUGAGUUUCAUCCCCAUCGGAUCGGACGCUGUUCAUCGGGUUUAGUCAAAGCAGAUCAAGGUGCUUCACAUGAUCAAUUGUUAUUGUUGCUGUUUCCUUAGCAACCUUCUCUCCUGGUUUCUAUGGUAACUCAGACUCGACCAAUAUAUUUGGUGAAUCAAUCCGAUCACUUCAGUGUUUCACUGCCAUCUGUGUGGCGACACCCAGUGGCUAAACUGUGAACUGCAGCUCAAAGAAAGCAGAAUACUGAGGUUUCCAGGUCAGAGGUCGUUUCUACUCUGCUGUGCCUCUUCUCUUCAUCCUCCUGCUUCUGACCUGAAGUCUGAAUCUGUCGGUGUGAACUGCUCCUUUAAAUCUGAUUAGCAAGGGGGCGGAGUCACCUGUGUGAUGUCACUGUUUGCAAUAAACUAUGAUCCACAGUC